GUAAUUCAUUUCUCUUAUAGGCAUUGAAUAAAAGUAGAGGUUGCCAAUCUACUGAAAAUUUCCUUUGACACACUCAGAAGCCAACACUGAUAACAAUGUAUUUUCUGGCAUUCGUGCUCUCUUGCUUUGGUUCCAGUGUUUUGGCGAAUGAUUAUUUUCAUUCUCUUUAUCUGGACCGCAACAAAACUUAUCACCUUUCAUGGAAAUUCAAUAAAUCUCACAUUGAAUUCCAUACUGAAGUUAAAACACUCGGUUAUGUGAUGCUAGGCUUGUCAACGGACGGUAACUUGGAAAACGCCGAUGUCUUCUUUGCGGGAGUUUCUAACGGACAACCUUAUUCAUCGAAUUAUUAUGGCAAUAGUGACGGAAAAUUGUCCUUACAACCAAUCAGUGAAUGGCAUCUUAUGUACUCCAAUGAGUCUAACAUGGAAACAACAUUGACAUUCUCUAGAGAACUUUCUGGGCCAAAUAUGAAGAUGAAUAUCACACAAAAUACAAUGAGAGUCCUGUGGGGCUACGGUAAGACAGACAAUGUAAGUGACAACUUGCAACCGGAUGGCGUCAAAAGUCUGUAUCUGCUUCAAGAACAGUUGCCUGAGCCAGUAAUGCCAAACGAUACAUUUGCUAUACAAUUCAGAAUGAAUGAUACUCGAAUUCCAAAGUCAAAAACUACUUAUUGGUGUAAAACGUUUGAAACACCACAACUUGACGAGCAAGUACAUGCUAUUGUGUUUUCUCCUUACAUCCAAGAAGGAAAUGAAGCUUUUGUUCACCAUAUCGUAGUAUAUGGCUGCUACAGAAACACUACGAAAGGAAAUAAUAAUGAAUAUGAUGGAAAAUGCUAUUCAGAAAAUAUGCCGAUUGACUGGAACAACUGUAUCGAAGUUGUUUUCGGAUGGGCAAUUGGAGGCUCGAAAUUCGUUCUCCCUAAACAUACUGGAAUGUCUUUUGGAGGUAAAGAUGAUCCUGUAUACUAUUUAUUGGAAAUGCAUUACGAUAAUCCACAAGAGAAGGAAGGCGUGCUCGAUUCCUCCGGAAUAGACAUAACUCUUACUAAAUCUAAACGUCAAUACAAUGUUGGAAUGUUAUCAGUGGGAUAUGUUGUACAACGAACUAAGCAAUUAAUUCCACCUUAUGCCAAAGAAUUCAAAUAUUACGGACACUGUGAGGCGUGUGGGUCUAUGAUUACACCUGAAAGAAAUAGCCAAUGGAAUGAGGACGGAGUUAAGAUGUUUGCCGUUCUACUUCAUGCACACCUGGCAGGGAGAAAGAUAAGGGUUCGUCAUAUUCGCAAUGGUAAACUGCUUCCUGAUGUUAUGUAUGAUGAAAAUUACGAUUUCAAUUACCAAGAACUGAGGUACAUGAAGAAGGAGAGUUUUCUUUCACAGGGUGACAUCCUACAAACAGAAUGUGUUUAUGAUACUACACAAAGAACCAAAUUUACAAAAGGUGGUCUUGGCACUGAGGAGGAGAUGUGUCUAGCAUUUAUACUGAUUUAUCCACGAACAAAAUUAAAAUACUGUGUCACUGAUGUAGAGUAUGACAGGAAUAUAAUCAAUAUGGACCCACUGCACUAUAAAAAUAACGAGGAUGCUAUUAAAAAAAUGGAAUUAAUAGUCAACGGUUUGGAGCCUAAAACCAAUUUUACACAAAUAUGUUCUGAUAGGUCAAGUAGUGUUAAAUUUAAGAAUCGACCAUUCCCAGUAAUUAAAUCUGAUGGUCCGUUAACUAUACUACCGCCGUCAAUUCCACAACCGUAUUUAAGUUUAGACAAUAAGAUAUUUGUAUACGGUUCUCAUUUGAAGCAGUCAGACAAUCUAUUGAUCAAAAGUGAAUGCAUUAUGUCACUUUCGUUCAGUUUUUUUUAUAUAUUUACUUCCGUUACCAUACAACUAAUCAGGACACAAUCGUAAAUUUAGUUUUUAUCUAACGUUUUUUCUUAUUCCAGAGAUGUUAGUUAGUUAGUUAAUUAUUUGGCUCAAAAAGCAAAAAGCAAGGCCAUGUAGGGGGACAUGGAGUUAUGUACAGGAUGGUGUUCAUGUAAAAAGUUCGGUAUCUUGACUAUCUCGUCCGGCAGCUUAUUCCACGGAUCCGCAACCCGGACGGAAAAGGGAACUGAUUAUAUAAUAAUACGAAAAUCCUUUCUAGUGAGAGGCACAACAUCUAGAAUUUUGGGGGAGAAAUUUAGUCGGUCACAUCGACCAGAGUGCUUAAAUGGUCCUUAUUUCGUCCAUCCCGAAAUAAUUAUUACCUUAUUAUUUUUAAAUGUUGAAUUAAAAUGGGAGUUGCCUUUAUAAUUUAUAAUAAUUUUUAGGUUUAUGAAAUUGAAAUUGAUUUUAGAGGGGUUAGAGAAUUUAUCAUUAUCUUUUAUUUUAAUAUUUAUUUGAUAAUAUAUCAAGGGUUUUAAUUUUUUUAAAGAUUUUGGACGAGUGGUUUAAUAAUAUUGUAAAGUUACAAGUCGGUGAUUUUUUCUUCUUUUGUUUUAGUAUUAUGUUUUGUGGUGGUUAUUAUAAUUUUUUGUGGAGAAUUUAAUAAUAUUUUAUUUGUUUUUUGAAAUUUCGUUAAUUCUUAUUUUGUUAUUAAUAUUAAGUUGAGUUUAUCAGCCUGAACGAUUACAAGCUUGUAUUAUAUAAUAUCAUAUACAAUUAGAAUUUCUUUGACUUUAUUGUGUUUAUUAUUAUUAGGUUAUCGAGAGGGAUCUUACAGAAUGAGUAUUAUUAAUUGUUUAUUUUUGGGUAACGUUAAUUGAUAUGGGAUUUUUGGUUUGUUAUUGGCUUUUUUAGUAAAAUUACCUAUUUAUUCUUUUCAUUUGUGAUUGCCUAAAACUCAUGUAGAGGCUCCUGUUUCGGGUCAGUAAAUUUGGCUAG